ACCUGCAUCCUGUUUCAAGCCGGAUGUUGGUUUCUUGACAGAAAUCAGGUUGUAGAGGAAAACAAAACAAAUAAACCGGGGCACAGCAGGUACACACGGUCUGUAAAGGAGUAGUUUGUUUCGAGGAAAGAAAAGGUAAGGUUUUUAGAGUUAUAGGAUAAAAGUACAGUUUUGGGCAUGGCAUCAGAUCUACUGACAGACUUGCAGGAUGACCUGGCUUCUGAUGACCCAGCCAAUGCCUUGGACCAACUUAAACUCUCCCCACUGGAAGACAGAAAGUGGCUUUCUGAAGAGGAGCUUGGAAUGAGCAAGUCUGAAACUGACUUUUCCAAAAGGUUGGACUGUAAAUGGGACGACCCCUACUAUGACAUUGCAAGACAUCAUAUUGUGGAAGUGGCAGGUGAUGAUAACUACGGCAGGAAAGUUAUUGUGUUCAGUGCCUGUCGGAUGCCCCCAAAUCAUGAGCUUGACCAUCACAAACUGUUGGGGUACCUAAAGCACACUCUGGAUCAGUACGUUGAAAGUGAUUACACACUCAUUUAUUUUCACCAAGGACUCACCAGUGAGAACAAGCCAUCCUUUACCUGGCUCCGAGAUGCAUAUCGGGAAUUUGAUAGAAAAUAUAAGAAGAAUAUCAAGGCCCUCUACAUUGUCCACCCCACCAAUUUCAUCAGAACUGUACUUAUUCUGUUUAAACCAUUCCUCAGCUUCAAGUUUGGACGGAAGAUUUUCUACAUGAACUACUUGAGUGAGUUGGAAGAGCAUGUGAAAUGUGAACAGCUUGUGAUACCCAAACGGGUGAAAACCUAUGAUGAAAAGAUCAGAACAGGACUGAAGUUCCAACCUCAGGGUCAGAAACCAGCCCCUCCAAGACCCCCACUGCCAAACCAGCAGUUUGGAGUUCCUCUUGCACAAUUGUGGGAGAAGAGCCCUGAUAAAGAUCCAGUUCCUCUAGUUAUGAGAGAGACAAUUGGCUAUUUGAAGGAAAAUGGUAUGUGCACAGAAGGAAUAUUCCGGAGGUCGGGCAGUAUAAGUUUGGUCAGAGAAAUCCAGAAUAAAUAUAACACUGGGGAUCCAGUAAGCUUCUAUCAGUAUGAAGAUGUUCAUCUUCCUGCUGUGAUCCUGAAGACAUUCCUUAGGGAGCUCCCAGAGCCACUCCUCACCUUUCAGCUCUAUAAUGACAUUGUCAACUUCCACAAUGUUGAAGAAGGUGCAAAAGUCAACAUUGUGCGAAACAUGCUAGGGACCCUUCCAAAGGAGAACUUUGCGUCACUCAGGUACCUCACUCAGUUCCUUGUGCAGGUGUCUGGCCAGUGUGAUUCUAAUAAGAUGAACAACAUGAAUCUCGCUGUGGUGUUCGGACCCAACCUCCUGUGGGGGAAAGAUGAUGCCAUGACACUGCGUUCCAUCGGACCAAUCAACAGCUUCACAAGGAUGCUGCUGGACAAUCACAAGGAGAUCUUCGAGGAGGGCAGCCCAUAACUCUGUGUCUCAGCUCACACACAGUACCCCUUGUUUCUCUUUCCUUUUGUAAAUGCCAAAUGCAUGUUGUUUCAGUUGGUUUGGGGGUAUAUUAAAGAAUGUAAUGGCUGGAUACGGAUAAAAGGGAUUGUAUUUUGGGGUAAAAUAGCUGACAGGCUUUGGACAGACAGCAAAAAAAAAUAAAUAAUGAAUGUAACAAUGGAAGCGGGCUUCCUGUUAUCUUGGCAUCUGAAAACAUGGUACUGUACAUAUUUGUAUUUCCGGCACUAUUUAAAGCAAUCUUCUAGUUUUAU